UGGUUAGGGAGAGAAGAAAGUGUACACUAAAGUUUGUUAUUUUUAGAACCAAGGGAAAGGGUUUGUGUUUCUCACCUCCGUCUCUCUUGAGUCGGACAUUAGUGAAGGGGAGUGGGGGGGUUGUUUUUGGCCCUUUAGAAUGGGUUCUACUUCGCAAGAGAUACUGAGGAGCCUUUGCUCCAACACAGACUGGAAGUAUGCUGUGUUCUGGAAACUUAACCAUCGAUCUCGAAUGGUACUUACCUUGGAGGAUGCUUACUAUGACAAUCAUCGGCACAACGACUCACUAAAAAACAUGCAUGGAGCACAUGACCCCCUGGGUUUAGCUUUGGCGAAGAUGGCUUAUCAUGUCUAUUCUCUAGGGGAAGGGAUUAUAGGACAUGUUGCGGUUUCUGGAGAACAUCAAUGGUUAUUCCCGGAAUAUUAUGACAACUAUCACUCAGUAUCUGAGUUUCAUAAUGUUUGGGAGAGUCAAAUAUCUGCUGGAAUCAAGACCGUUCUUGUAGUAGCUGUUGGUCCCUGUGGUGUUGUGCAACUAGGCUCUCUGCGUAAAAUUGAUGAAGAUGUAACAUUGGUGAAUCAUAUAAAACAUAUGUUUUUGGCACUCAAGGAUCCACUGGCAGAUCAUGCAGCAAAUUUAAUGCAAUAUAAUAUGAACAAUUCGUUGUGUCUGCCAAAAUUACCUUCUGAAUGUUUACAUGUUGAGGCUUUCUCUAAUUGCUCUGGAGAAGUUGGCAAAGCUAUGGAGGUGGAAGAGUCAAGUUUUCUAACUCAGUAUCCUAGUUUACAUCCGUAUUUGAAGAAUCAUGCGCUCAACAACACAAGCUCAUCUGCUUUAGCCAUUGAGGCUGAAAGAUUGAUAACAGAUCAAUCAUAUCCAGGCCUGGACUCAUCAACUUUUCAUAAUUUAUCUGAGCCUAUGCCGGAGAGGAGAUGUGAGUCAAGUCGAUUUGAUGCUUUGAUCUCAUCUGGAUACACUUUUCCUGGCAGCGAGCUGUUAGAGGCAUUAGGCUCUGGUUUCAAGCAAACGAGCAGGGGUCUUGAGGAGCUAGUGAAGUCUGAACAUGGCUCAGCAACGAGACCAACAGAUGAUAAUAUGAGUCAUAGCCAGCUUACGUUUGACUCUGCCCCUGAGAAUCUUCUAGAUGCUGUGGUGGCUAAUGUUUGUCAUAGCGAUGGCAAUGCCAGGGAUGAUAUCUUCUCGAGCAGAUCUGUACAGUCAUUUCUUACCAGCAUGGAAAUGGCAGAACCCUCAGGUCAAAACAAUCAUAUUAUGAUGAAUCAGCUGCCACCAGCAGCAGAGGUGGAUACUCAACAGAAUACGUCAGACAUCUGUGGUGCAUUUUCUUCGAUUGGAUUCUCAUCCACGUGUCCCAGCUCCUCUAGUGAUCAUUUUCAGACGUCCCUGGAGAUGCCUAAGAAGAACAAAAAGAGGGCCAAACCUGGCGAAAGUUCUCGGCCUCGCCCAAGAGACAGGCAGCUCAUUCAGGAUCGAAUCAAGGAACUUCGAGAACUUGUGCCUAAUGGAUCAAAGUGCAGUAUUGAUUCUUUGCUAGAACGCACGAUCAAGCACAUGCUCUUUCUGCAGAAUGUUACUAAGCAUGCUGACAAGCUCAGUAAAAGUGCUAAUACAAAGAUGCAACAAAAGGAAACAGGCGCGCAAGGUUCAACCUGCGCAGUGGAGGUUGGAGGCCAUCUUCAAGUGUGCUCUAUUAUCGUGGAGAAUCUGAACAAGCAUGGGAUGGUGCUUAUCGAGAUGUUAUGUGAAGAAUGUAGCCAUUUUCUUGAGAUAUCAAACGUGAUCAGGAGCUUGGAUCUUACCAUUUUGAGAGGCGUCACCGAGGCUCAGGGAGAUAAAACAUGGAUAUGCUUUGUAGUUGAGAGUCAAAGCAACAAAGUGAUGCAGAGAAUGGACAUUUUGUGGUCUUUGGUUCAAAUAUUUCAGCCAAAGGCCAAUGGCAAGCCGUAGUUGGUUACUUGGGUUGGUUGCAAGACUUUUGCGUUUACUUGGUUGGGAAAGGCUUUGGGUUUUUAGGUAUAAAAUUUAGCUCUCAGUGUGCAUGCAUUUUGGAGUUUUUAGUGUGUUUAUGAUUGCAUGUUGUUUGCUUUGGAGUUUGGAUCCUUUUGAAUUACACAGUAAAAUAUUAUAAAUCAAAUCCCCUUAAUGUUGUAUUCUUAUUUCCUUAUUAACUUGAAACUUUUUU